GACCCGGACCUUUUAAAUUGAUUUUGCCCUUUCUUCUCAUAGAGCAAAAUUCUCACCCCCCCCCAAAAAAAAAUCCACUCAGAAUUCAUCAUCUUCGCGAAGUUCGACCAGUAUAUCUACCUUGAAGCCAAGCCAAGAUUUCAGGCUUCGCCCAAACUACUCUCUCUUCGCCGCCAAACUGAAAGGAACAGGAUAAGUAAUUUAUCUUAUCACUAGAUUCUUUCCUUUACAUUAUCAAGAGUUGUAAGCAAUAUCAGAAUUACUAGUUUGCUGACAUUAUAGUUUCUAAACUGCAACCUGAGUUGGGCAAGUGCUUGCAAGAGUAGAUUGGAUUCUAGUAGAUGCUAUAUAUACUCUCCAGUUCUGGGUGUUUCCAGUUCAACACUACACACUUAAUUAUCAACUUUGGAUAUCUCUCACGGAGUGGUUACUUCGGUCGGAGCAAUAAACUCCCUGAAUACAAAUGGGCAUGGUUUCAAUACCAGCAUUCUCAGCUGUACAGUCAGUCUCUAUACCCAGAGAUUAUCAUUCGUUUGCGAUUGUGAACUCUUUGAAGGCCAAGGGGAAGAGUCAUCAAUUAGAAUUGCUUGGUAACACCAAUGUCUUGAAAGCAUGUAGUAUAUGGAGUGGUGGCAGCUUUAGCUCCUCUGAUAAGCACUCAAAGUUGAGGACCUUUUUGGUCGAGUCAAACCAAGCAUCUUCGUUACAAUCUCGUGUGGAAACAUGGGAAGGUCCUGAUGAUGGCAGUGGGACUGAAUCUGAGGAGGAGGAGGAGGAGGAGGAAGAAGAAGAACAUGACUUGGGUUUCCAAAGCGAAUGGGAAGAAGAUGAAGAAAAGCGGGCUCCAGCUGCUAAUGCUGGUGAUGUUCAGAAGUUCACAACAAAUGAGUUGGAAGAGCAACUUGUUAAAGAGGUGGAACAGCUCUUGGAGGUAGAAGAAAGAGCAAUUUUGCAAAAGCAUGCAGCUCCCAACAUGGAGAAAUUAUCAACUGCAAAAUGGAGCCCACUACAUACUCUUUCACUAUCUGGGCUAGUUACUUUCAUGGAUAAGCUGCUUGAAGAUGGUGUAGAUAUUAAUUUUUUUGAUAAAGAUGGUGUAACCGCUCUUCACACUGCAAUCAUAGGCAAAAAAGAAGCUGUUAUUAGUCAUCUUCUAAGAAAAGGUGCAAGUCCUCAUGUCAGAGAUCGGGAUGGGGCUACACCACUUCAUUAUGCAGUUCAUGUAGGCACCAAGCGAAUUGUGAAGUUAUUGAUCAAAUACAAAGUUGAUGUCAACAUUGCAGAUAAUGACGGAUGGACGCCAUUGCACGUUGCUGUGCAAAGUAGAAAUAGAGAUAUUGUGAAACUUUUGUUAGUGAAUGGUGCAGAUAAGAGUAGAAGAAAUAAGGAUGGCAGAACUCCCAUAGAUCUGGGCCUGUGUUAUGGGAAAGACUUCAAGUCCUAUGACCUCACCAAGUUACUGAAGACAGUACCAAUGGACAGAGAUUUUUGAGUCCAAAAUUUAGACAAUUUUAAAAGCCAACGAAAAUUUGAUUGCCUAUCUUUAGUAUUUGGUGCAACCAUGUUUACAGUUCCUGCAUCCAAGAUGUCUGUAUGAACUAAUUUGCUCCAACUUCCUCUCAUUGUCUAGACCAAGGGAAACUAAAUAUAUGUGGGUGAAAUAUUUAUGGAGGGAGAGAUAUGUCAUGAAGCAAAUUGGUUGAUUGCAGAGCAAAAAGAGUCAUCUACAUCUCAAUAUAGUGUACAGACUACAGAUGAUAGAAACAUGCUGGAUGCGCUGCUUGACAUCCAUUAAUUUCUGGGUUAAUCUGUUUGAUAGUAUGUAGUUUGUUAGUGUAAUGCAUCCCAGCCCUGUGGAAUUAACCACAGUUUUGUGCUGAUAAGCUAUGUACCAGUAUGUUUGCUUUAUCAAAAGCAUAUGCAUCGUGUUGGGUUUGAUAUUGAUAACACAAGUAUUCCAGCCUUUACUGCAGCGGACUACUUUGGGAGAUUGUUGUUGCUAUGACUCGACACUACGAUAUAUCGUCGGGGUGAUUGGAUUGGCUCAUGUAGCUGUAUUAUCAUGGUUUCCUGUUUCCAGUCUAUGCAGACUAGGAUAUUGUUUGAUGAUGCAUUCAGCAGCAGUCUUCGUAUAUUCCAGAUUGUUACAAGAAAAAGGAAAUCCAAGACAGAUUUGUGAUUGAAGGUUAAUUUAAUCAUUUGAAAUAUUCAUCUUUGGCAAAAAGUUAUAUGUUUAAUCAUCUCCUUUCCAAUUUUCUAUUAUUAUGCCAACGAUAACUACUACUGCUAUCAUAGUCUGCUGCAGGAAUACUACGAUAGGUCUGGAACACUUUUUGUUACGAUAGAAUAUUCUGAUAAAGCAGUUAGUUUGUAUGCGCUUU